AUGGGAUAGACUUGCUGCACACAUAAAAAUGUUGAAAAUAGCUAAACAUUAGUGAAAGAUGAAAAUAAAACGCAACCUGAUAUAGAAAAGACUGCUUCAAAAUAAGAUUUAGCUGGAACUGACGAUACAGCCUCCAAGCAUGGAAAAAAUAAAAAUUUUGAAAAGUAGCUAUCAAGCCAAGCAAAGCAAAACCGUACUCCUACUUUUGAAAAUGAUUAAGAGAAAGACUCCUUUCAAAAAUCUAAGUCUAAAAAUGAAGAAAAGGAUAAUAAAUAAGCAAAUAAAGAAAAAGAUAGAGAAAAUGAAAAAGAAAAAAGUAGUUAAAUAGAUAAUGUUGCCUCGAGUAAUUUAGCACUAGAUUUAAAGCAAUAAAAUACUCUACCUGGAAAUGAUGAUUAAGAUAAUUAAAGCAAAAAAAAUAAAGAAAGCGGUACCAAAUUAAAGGAAAGUAAAAAGGAGCCUUCAAUUGAUCUUUUUAUGGAUUUGCCUGGUCCACCACCAAACUUAAGAGAAAUAAAUAAAAAGGCACAGUCAUCUAAAUUUUAAAAGAGCGACAAUCAACUAAAAAAUGAUGACUGA